AAUUCCGUCCUCCGGAAGUAGAUUGUUGGUGUUUCCGUCUUUUCCCCUUUUCACACACGUUGUUUUCGUCAACUGUGGGUAAAUCGUAACUUUUUGACCAAGGUUUAAAACAAUGUCGGAGCAGAAGAGAGCGCGGCCCCGCGGCUCAGAUAAGGCGGAACAGGAGCAGGAAAAGCGGCGGAGGAACACGGAGAAGGUGGCCGUUCUGGGGCAGGAGGACUCCAGUGUUAAGAUUCUGGAGGAGCUGGUGUUCGGUGGGGAGGACGAGCUGCUGGACAGACUACUGCAGGACGAUGAGGCGCUGAGGAAUAAUUCAUCAAUAUCCAUCCAAGAAGAAGAAGCAGAAGAAGAAGAAGCAGACGAAGACGGUCCAGAGCCACAACCAAAGAAGAAGAGAAAAGCAGCCUGGGUGGAUGACGACGACGAACUGGAACAGAUAGUGGACAUGACUCAUCGGUCCAAGAGAGCCCUGGUUGGUGGCGCGGCUGAAGUGUCCAAUCAGCAGCUGCAGCAGAGAAUGAAGGAGCAAUUUCAGAAGGCGAUGGGCGGGACUCCAUCGUGGGCACAGCUGUGUGAUGGACAGAAGAAAAAGGACACGAUUGGUGAAGAUGAAGAUGAUGAGGAGGACGACGACCCAGACGAUCUCCUGAGGACGACAGGAAAUCUACUGACGACCUCGGAGCGUCUGUCCAGUGGUGUCCUCCAGAUAAAGAAGUGCCGCCAUGCCAACACUGCACGUCUCUCAGAGGAUCGGCUGACCAGUGUCCAGUUUCAUCCCAGUGCUCAGGUGGUCCUGACAGCCGGAAUGGACCAGUGCCUGUCCCUGUUCCAGGUGGACGGAAAGAACAACCCAAAAAUCCAGAGUGUCCACUUGGACCGUUUUCCAGUUCACAAAGCUCGCUUCAGUUCUGAUGGACAGAUGGUGAUGGCCACCAGUGUGAGGAACAGGAUGUUCUACCUGUAUCACAUGAUCCAGGGACGGGUGAUCGGCGUACACACACUCAGAGGUCUGAAUGAACCAAAAGUGAAGGAGUUCUGCAUUUGUCCUGAGGGAGGUGCCGUUCUGCUGACAGGGACCAGAGGCUAUGUGCAUUUGCUUGAGCUCAAGACUCAGGAAGUUGUCAACAGUGUGAAGAUCAACGGCGAAGUCAGGGGUGUGACUGUGGCGGGUGACAGCAGUAAAGUCUUUGUUCACUCAGAUGAGGGACAGGUGCACAUAUGGGAUGUUCGCAACAGUGGUCGUUGUCUUAACGUCUUCACAGACGAUGGUUGCGUGACGGCAACGUCAAUCGCUUCCUCACCUGAUGGACGUUUCCUGGCGUGCGGGUCUCAGUCAGGCGUAGUCAACAUCUACUCUCAGGAGGUGUGUCUAAAUUCAGCCAAUCCCAAACCUCUGAGGGCUGUUAAAAACCUGGUGACACCUGUCACUGCCAUGACCUUUAACUCCAGCUCUGAGAUCCUAGCCAUCGCCUCCCAAGCCCAGGACGAGGCUGUGCGGCUGGUCCACCUGCAGAGUCUCAGUGUCUUCUCGAACUUCCCCGUCUCCCGGAGGAAGAUGACGUACCGGACGUCCUGCAUGGACUUCUCACCCCACAGUGGCUUCUUUUCUUUGGCUAACAACAAAGGCCACGCCCCCCUAUUCAGACUUCUGCAUUACAAAAGUUUUUGAGCCCAGAAGAUCCAUAUCUGAUGAACAAACAAAGACAUCUUUAUAUUUACGAUUAUAGUAACGAUGAAUGAUCAUAUUAAAGUUAAAAAAAUUAUCAGCUGA